AUGCUCUCAUUCAGUCGAAUUUUUUCUAUCGCUCUUUCAUAUAUUCCUUUUUUCUUUCUUUUAUUAUUCUCUCUCUCUCUCUCUCUCUUUCUUUCUCUCUUUCUUUCUUUCUUUCUUUUGUUUAUCUUUUACCUUUGGUCCUAUUUUGACUUUGAAAAAUUCCCCAUAUUCUCUUCUAUUUUUCUUUCUUUCUUUCUUUCUUUCUUUCUUUCUUUCUUUCUUUCUUUCUAUUGCUGUCUGUUUUUCUUUCUUUUUUCUAUUCCCAUCUGUCUUUCUUUCUUUCUUUCUUUCUUUCUUUCUUUCUUUCUUUCUUUUAUUUCCAUCUUAGUAUCUCUUACCUUUGGUCCUAUUUUCACUUUGAAAAAUUCCCCAUAUUCUCUUCUUUCUUUCUUUCUUUCUUUCUUUCUUUCUUUCUUUCUUUCUUGCUUUCUUUCUUUCUAUUGCUGUCUGUUUUUCUUUCUUUUUUCUAUUCCCAUCUGUCUUUCUUUCUUUCUUUCUUUCUUUCUUUCUUUCUUUCUUUCUUUCUUUUAUUUCCAUCUUAUAAUUCUUUCCUUCAUUCUUUCUGUCUUUGUCUCUUUUUAUUUCCCCAUUCUUCCGCUUUUCUUUUUCUUUUUUCUUUUUCUUUCUUUCUUUUUUCUUUCUUUGCAUUUUCUACUUUCUUUUUCCAUUCCCCUUUCUCUUCCUUCAGUUUCCUUCAGUCAUAUUUCUUUCCUUAUACUGCUCUCUUUUUUUUUUCUCUUUUCUUGGUUGCCCCAUUCUUUCUCUCUUUCUUUCUUUCUUUCUUUCUUUCUUCAUUCCAUCGCUAGUCCCUUGCUUUCUUGCUUGCAGCCUUUCUUUCUUUCUUUCUUUCUUUCUUUCUUUCUUUCUUUCUUUCUUUCUUUCUUCAUUCCAUCGCUAGUCCCUUGCUUUCUUGCUUGCAGCCUUUCUUUCUUUCUUUCUUUCUUUCUUUCUUUCUUUCUUUCUUUCUUUCUUUCUUUCUUUCUUCAUUCCAUCGCUAGUCCCUUGCUUUCUUGCUCGCAGUCUUUCUUUCUUUCUUUCUUUCUUUCUUUCUUUCUUUCUUUCUUUCUUCAUUCCAUCGCUAUCCCUUUCUUUCUUGCUUGCAGCCUUUCUUUCUUUCUUUCUUUCUUUCUUUCUUUCUUUCUUUCUUUCUUUCUUUCUUUCUUUCUUUCCACCCUUCGUUCUUUUCUUUUUCUUUUUCUUUGUCUUUCUUUCAUUUAUUUUCGUUCUAUUCAAAUCAUCUUUUGCCUCCGUCUUUUUACUGAAAUUCUUUCUUUCUUUCGUUUUUUUCUUUCUUUCUUUGCCUGCAACUCCUCCACAGAAAUCACUCAAUAUCAUAUCUCAUUUUAUCAUACUGUCGCUCACACUCUCUCCGCUCUCUCUCUCUCUGCACAUCUAUCUAUCUAUCAAUCUAUCUAUCUAUCUAUCUAUCUAUCUAUCUAUCUAUCUAUCUAUCUAAGUCUAUUCUUGUAUAUCUAUCUCAGUCUGUUUCUUUAUCUAUCUAUCUAUCUAUCUAUCUAUCUAUCUAUCUAUCUAUCUAUCUAUCUAAGUCUGUUCUUGUAUAUCUAUCUCAGUCUGUUUCUUUCUAUCUAUCUAUCUAUCUAUCUAUCUAUCUAUCUAUCUAAGUCUGUUCUUUCUGUUCUUGUAUAUCUAUCUAUAUCUAUCUAUCUAUCUAUCUAUCUAUCUAUCUAUCUAAGUCUGUUCUUGAUUAUCUAUCUAUCUAUCUAUCUAUCUAUCUAUCUAUCUAUCUAUCUAUCUAUCUAUCUAUCUAUCUCGGUCUGUUCAUUACAACCUAUCUCAGUCUGUUUCUAUCUAUCUAUCUAUCUAUCUAUCUAUCUAUCUAUCUAUCUAUCUAUCUAUCUAUGUGUGUGCAUUCAAUACUAA